AUGGCUGCCUCUCUCAUGUUAUCAAAAUUUGAUAACCCAAAUUUUGAGGAUGUUACAUUAUAUCAUAGCAUUGUGGGAGGAUUGCAAUACCUUUCAGUGACAAGACCAGACAUCUCUUACUCAGUCAACAAGGUUUGUCAAUUUAUGCACUCUCCCAAAGCUCCCCAUUGGAGUGUUGUCAAGCGCAUCCUCCGCUACUUGAAAGCCACCAUCAAUGAUGGCCUGUUCUUUGCUUCCAACUCAAGUCUUACACUGCAAGCCUACUUGGAUGCUGAUUGGGGGGGCUGUCCAGAUGAUCGCCGUUCCACGAGAGGGUUUUGUAUCUAUCUUGGCCAACAUCUCAUCUCUUGGAGCUAA